CAAUAUUCCACAUCCCCAAGGACCAAAGCACUUCCCUCAGACUUUCCUCUUCCCCUUUUCUACCACCCCUUUGUUUCCAGUUCAACCAUGUCAAAUGAAUCUCAACCCAUGUCCCAUGAAGAGCUUGUUGCAUCCAACGCCGCCUUAAAGGCCCAAGUAGAGUACUUGGUCAAAGAGGUAGCUAAGCUCACCAAGAUAAAGCUCAACACCCUUCAAGGAAGUGAUCAUGAGGAUGAUGCUAGCACCAGUAGCACCACCAAGGCCAAAACUAAUGACGGGUCUGAUUUCAAAGUUGACAUCCCAACUUUUGAGGGAAAGAACGACCCGGAAAAGUUUCUAGAAUGGCUAAACACGGUGGAACGCGUUUUCGAUUUCAAAGAAGUCUCUGAUGAGAAGAAGGUCAAGAUAGUGGCCUUGAAGUUCCGAAAGUAUGCAUCUACUUGGUGGACUAAUACGUGCACCAAAAGGAGAAGAAACCACAAGGAGCCGUUGGCUACAUGGGCCAAAAUGAAGUCUCUCUUAAAGAAGAAGUUCUUGCCCGCUGAAUAUGUUCGUGAAAAUUUUGCCAAGCUUCAAACACUUAAGCAAGGUUCUAAAUCAGUUGAAGAAUACACCCGCGAGUUCGAGGAACUCUUGUUAAGGUGUGACUUGCAAGAAGAUGAUGAGCAAACCUUUGCACGAUACCUAUUCGGCUUAAACCUACAAAUAGCCAGUAUUGUAGAGUUGCAAAGUUAUGAAUCCCUGGAAGAGCUUACCAAACUAGCCCUUAAGGUUGAAGCAUUAAUAAAGAAAUCCAAAGCCCUUCUUUCCAAAGCACACCCUUGUCUUGCUCACUAAUAGCCGAAAUACUCUCUUCAAAACAAGCCAAAGAAUAUCCUCCAAAUUCAUCCAGUAUCUCCUUGUGAUUUCCUUCAUUAUAGGCUGAACAAACCAGCCCCAUUUUUAGCCAAAUAACAUCCCACUAAGCCCCACAAUGUUUCCCAGUUAUUUGUGCUACAUAUGGAUGAAAUACACCCUUCCAAAAUAUGCUAAAUAAAGCUUUGUCACAACC